UGAGAAAUUAAUGGCCAUGAGCUCGUUUUUGAUCAACUCCAACUAUGUGGACCCCAAGUUCCCACCCUGCGAGGAAUAUUCCCACAGCGAUUACCUUCCCAAUCACUCGCCGGAAUACUACGGCGGCCAGAGGCAGCGGGAGGACGCUUUCCAACACGAGGCGCUGUACGAGCCGCGGUCCGCCUGCAAGGAGCAGCUCUACCCGUCCUGUCAGAGCUCCGCGUUAUCGCCCCGCGGUCACGUCCACGCUCCGGCCGGGCUGCGGGGCCGCCUCUCGGAGCCCGGGCAGCCCCGCGAACCGGGCACCCCCAGCCCGCCACCCUCGUGCAGCCAGAGCUCGGCCCGGCAGAGCCCCUCGGCGUGCAAGGAGCCCGUGGUUUACCCCUGGAUGAAAAAAGUCCAUGUAAGCACGGUGAACCCCAAUUUCUCCGGAGGGGAGCCCAAGCGCUCCCGCACCGCCUACACGCGGCAGCAGGUGCUGGAGCUGGAGAAGGAAUUCCACUACAACCGCUACCUGACGCGGCGGCGGCGCGUGGAGAUCGCGCACUCGCUGUGCCUCAGCGAGCGCCAGAUCAAGAUCUGGUUCCAGAACCGCCGCAUGAAGUGGAAAAAGGACCACAAGCUACCCAACACCAAGAUCAGGUCGAACUCCUCCUCCUCCUCCUCCUCCUCCUCCUCCUCCUCCUCCUCCUCCUCCUCCUCCAGCUCCCUGCAGAUCCCGCCGGGAGGAGGAUCCCAAGCUCCGACCCCGCAGGGAGGAGCGCCCCAAACUCAAACCCCGCACGGAGCAUCCCAGACUCGAUCCCACGGACCGGCCGCCGCCCUAUAACCGCCCCCGGGACGCGGAUUUGGGCGCGAACUUUGCGAUCGUUUUCGUUUUUAUAUCUUUUUUUUUUAAUUAAUUAUUAUUAUUAUUAUUAUUAUUAUUAUUUGAAGCGCGGGGAAAAGCCGGGGGGUUGCUCUUUAUUUAUAGAGGGGACAGAGCGAGGCUCAGCUGCCGCACAAAGCCGGAGCUGCUCCGUGAAAAGGAGCCUGGAGAAGGGUUUUUUUUUUUUCCCCUUUUUUUUCCCCCAGAUUUGGCUAAGAUGGAUCCUUGUUUCAUCUUUAAUCACGCCGAGCUCUGCCCCAUUUGUCAUGUUUACUCUCCCGUACAAAGGAUGGACCUUAUGUCUGCUAUUACCUCGACAACCAGCGCUCACUUUAAUAAAUGAGCCUCAGUUUCUUCGAGGCGAACUGGAUUUUCUACACCGCCCCCUUUUAAUUUUUUUUCUUUUAUUUAUCUUUUUAUUAUCUCUCUACAAAUAUUUUUCUCUUUGUUUUUAUCCUUAUUUUCUCACUUUUUUCCAUUUCCCCCCCUUUUUCCCCUUUUCCCGCCUUUUUUCUCCUUUCCCCUCCUUUCUUCCUUUUUCCCCUUUUUCUCCCAUUUCCCCCCUUUUUCUUAUUUUUAAAAUUUUCUCCCCCACCCCUUUCUCUCUUCUCUUUCUCUUUCCAAACUUGGAGUUUCUGGCACGUUGUCCCAAAGAGACGGAGUUGGAGAGAGAGAAAAAUAAAAUAAAAAUUAAAAAAAAAAAAAAAAAAAAAAAAGGCAAAACUACCAAAAACUCGACAAAUGCAACCAAAAUCUCCUCCGUGGAGUUGGGAGCUCUCAGAUACCGAGAGGACAAAACAAACAAAACAAAACAAAGACAACCAACCAAACAAAAAACACCCAAAAAAAGAGAAAUUUGGGCCCAGGAGGUGUUGGACAAAGACAGGAAGAGGAUGGAGAGGGAUCUCACCAAUUCCUUUAUUUUUGAUUUUUUUUUUUUUAAA